GGGAAGAAAAUGCAUCGCUGUGACAACAGAAUAGUAAGAGAAAGGAAGCAAAAUAUGAGGAAAUUUAUCGAAAACUGAAUUCCCGAAUACUUCGGCGAUGAAAACAAUGGUGGAAUGAAGGGGAAAAAAUGUAGCUGCUGUCGGCAACCACACGCAGGCUCGGAGACAAAUAUAUCUAUCAGUAUUUACACUUAUGAAAUUACCAAGUUUGUAGGAUUUUCAAGUGCGAAAAUUACAACGCUAAAAAUUGAAAAAAAAAAAAAAAAAAAAAAAAUUACAAAACGACGCAACGGCGUACGUACCGUUUAGACAAAUAUUGAUACGCAAGGGAAUGUGAAAUGCGAAAUUCCCAUAGAGCGCGUAUGUACGAUACGUACAAUUUAUUGUAAACAAAAAAAAAAGAAAAGAAAAAAAAACAAACAAACGUCGAAUCAAAAUGACGAAAAAAGCUUUUGAAUCGUUGAAUGGGACAUUCGCGAUAGACCACUGACCAUUGGACGCUCUUAUACGAACCAAAAGUCACUAAGAUAUACGAGAAAUGAAGCAGGCAGAGUCGCAAAACAGCCGUAUAUUUCGGUCAAUUAAAGCCCCAUAAUCUGUCGAGUUCGUGUGUAUUGUUCAUGUAGAAUCAACAAAGAAAAAAGAAAUGUGAAGACACGAUGAAAACUGCACUUUAAGAGAAACAAUGAAAAAAAAAAGAAUUGAAAAAAAAAACAUCACAUCUAUACGUGUACACACAAACACAAUAGUGCCGCAUAAAAUUUCUAAAAUACCGUGCGUAUAAUGAAGAAAAAACGUGAAAUCUUAAGCUAAUAGUUAUAUUAUUAAAGUUGUUCCGUUGAUUGUUUUUCUAAUAUAGAUUUUAUUGAAAACGUAAUUCACAAUCUCACACGACGCGUGACACACUCGCGAGAUCGUUCAUUUCGUCGAAUUAUUGAGGGGGGAGAAGAAAAAAAAUAAAAACGAUGCACGAUCUCGUAAAGUCACAGGGAACUCUUGGAAGAAUGAAAGAAUAAAUGAAAUAAAAAAUAAAAAAAUAAAAAAAAAAGCGCGCGCGGACUUGGACUGGGAAUUUUUGGAAACGGUGCUAUUUAAACACGGUGUUAUUUCAUUGAAAAGAAAAAUAAUAAUAGAAAAGCGAGAUUACGCCGUGCGUUAUUUUGUUUGUUUUUUUUUUUUUUUUUUUUUUUUUUCGUGGAAACGCAGCGCCGAUUUUAACCACAGCGCGUUUGUUCAACUUCUGCUUUGAAAAUCAAUCUCGAUCGGCAGUUUGAAGCCACGAAUACGCGAUGAAAGAAAAAAGUGAUCGCGGUCAGCGGAGAAUCGCUCGUCCAUCAAACGAAAAAAAAAAUAAAUAAAUAAAGAAAAAAAUGAAAGAAAACAAACAAAACAUAUGAAAACGAGACGAAAACAAAUUCGGUCAAUUUUCGCGAGUAUACCGGAUUUCCUACUAGGCAAUUAUCGUUAGUAACAAAACAAAGGUUCUUAGUCAAUGCGAAUUAAUAUGAUAUAUAAACAGAGAAAAAAAAAUACCUAAAUAGUUGAUAUAUCUCGCUUGUAGUAUAUAUUUAUUAUUGCCGUUUAUUGGAUUCGUCACUCCGAUUGUUUAUCAUCAUCAUCAUCAUCAUCGUAUAAUUACGAUUAUUAAAGAAUCAUUGUAAAUGGUAUGGUUGAAUCUCGUUUUAUAAUCCAAAUUAGAUCCCAAUUAUAUUGAAUCUUGUUAUAUUCCUAUAGAAAAUAUAUUGUUCAUUGUUUUUUCUCGUCUACGGUAGCGUAAUAGUUAUUUAACAAAAGAUAUAUCGUCUUAUAUCGAUUUUUAACUUUUGUCUCCAUAAUCGCGGGAUCCACGUUACGAUCGGCGGUAUAUGUAUAGUGAAAAGAAUAACAAAAAGAAAAAAAAAACCAAAAUAAGCGGAAAAGUCCUUUCGUCGUCGUUUCGCCUCCUUACCACACCCUGCGCGACAUCCUUUUAUGUAUUGGCCGCUCGGAAUUAUAUACUAACGCAUUAAUGGAAAGACACGGAUUUACGUCACGAGACGAGACACGGUCACGGUAGCCCCUACACGAGUAUUUUUCUAAUUUGCAAAGUAUAAUAAAUUAAAAACGUUGCAUUAUCGUUAUUAGAGUAUAUACGAGUGAAAGAGAGAGAGAGAGAGAGAAAAAAGUGAAGAAGAAAAAACAAAGGAAAACAAGACAAAAUAUAAAUAUCUAUAUACAUAUAUAUAGAAAUAUAUAUGAAAUAUAUAGUGAAUAUUUUAAUUAGACGAGUAAAAUGAAGAAGAAAAAAAGAAACGACGGGAUAAUGUUAUGGAUAUUGUAUUAUAAAGGAUGGUUUGGAGCGUUCAAUGGUCGAGAGGUAUCGCGAAAGUCUCGUUAUCGAGGCCCGAAAUUGCGCAAUUAGAUCAAUGUAAUUUUUCAUUACGAUACCGUUUCAAUUCCAAAGAUUGAGAGUAUAAAAGAAGGAUUGAUGAGAAAAAAAAAUAAUAAUAAAUAAAAGUGGUGGGAGGCGAAGAGAGCCGACCCAACGAUCGCAAUGAAUAACAAAGUCGAAUAAAAAUGUCGACGAGGUUGAUGGGGCUCUUGUAUACGCAUCGACCGAUCGAUUAAACGUCGUUGAUAAUUAAUUAAGUAGGCGCGUGGACUAAAAAGAGGGUGAUAUCGUACUAGAAAAGAUAUGAAGGAAAUGAAUUUUUAAAAAAUAAUUUUUAAAAAUAAUAAAACGACGGCUUGACACUUGAACGGGCAUGAAAUACUGGGCGACUUAUUAUAAAUGCUGAAUAAAAAGUAAAACAAACGGUUUAGCCCUCAAUUAUAUGAAUGUCUGCAAAAAUGAUUCAUUUAUUAAAUAAUGAAAAAAAAAAAGAAAACAAACGGAAUAAAACAUUGAAGAGGGCCAGCGUCGGAGAAAACUUAAAAAAAUGAAAAAAAAAACGUACAUGUUGAAAUAACGAACGAGGAGACCCCGACAGGAUUAUAACGAAACGCGUAUAUAUGGAGAAUAUUAAUGUAAUAAUUACUUUGUGUGUGGAGGGCAGUAUGAGAGAGUAUGAGAGCGAAAGAGAGAGAGAGAGAGAGAGAGAGAGAGAAAAAGCGAGCGAGUGAGAGAGAGAGAGAGAGAGCAAUCGAGAAACAAAUCGUUCUAUCAGUCACCUCACCUAUAAUAUACAAUGUCAUAAUAAUAUGCUGCCAUACAUAUAAAUAUAUGUCUACAAUAAGAAGGUAUAUUACUAAAAUAUUACGAAAUAAAUAUGUUAUAAGUAUUAUGAGGAAAGCUAUCUGAAUUUAAAAAAAAAACGUUGUGAAAAAAUCACCCAAACUCUGACAUCUUUGAACUCAUCACAUUCUUACAUGUACAUUCGCCAUAUUUUUAUUAUUUUCAUCAACAAUUAUUCGUAGUCAAAGAUAUUUUGAUGGUUCGCAUCUACCAAAAAAGCACACGCGAAUCGAUGAGCGAGGUUAAGACGAAAAUGGAAAUCCUGAGAGCUCGUGAAACGGUCUUGUUGAACUGCAUACACAGUAUUUUCGAUAUCCAACACGAAAAAAAAAAAAAAAAAAAAUAAACAUGGACGUCACACGUAACUGAGCACACCGAAGGAGCUGGACUCUCCGGUGUAGUGCGUCGGUUUGUUUGUGUCGAGACACUCACAGUUAUUGCGGUCACCGGGCGAAAGUACUGAAGAGACAGAAAGCCGCGAUCCAGCUAAUCGGGAGGCAAUUCGAGCGGGAUACGUUAAAUGUUUUUUCUCGUUUUCGUGAUCAAAUAUAUCAAAUCGAUCAAUGAAAUAUGGAAUUUUGUCGAUGACCCGCAUUUUAUACGCCAACAAGUUUCCCGAUGAAUAAUGUGCACAGUCGAACAAGUCAACAAGUUUUUUCCUCAGUGUUAAGCCAUGCGGAUAGCAGGAGCGAGUAACAACAAAGAACGAGUGAACGUGUUCGGUGUGGAGAUCGAGUGACAGUCGGCGGUAAACUGCGGGCAAACGUUCACGACGAACGCAUUGCGACAGAUUUCUGCUUGUUUUGGUUUUUUUUCUAUUCUCGUUAACUUUGACGGUGAUGCGGGUCUUUGGCAAUUUUUACGUAUAUAGAAGACGCGAAUCACGGAAUUAAGGCAGUUGCCGUUCGACCGAAAGAGGGAGAAACGCAAGGAAACGAAACUUCGAACGAAUCGAAGAUCAGAACGGAAAAGAAGACAAAGACUGAAAACAGUGUCGAAUUACUUUCUUCGGAUUGUUGAGUGAAUUAAAAAAACAGAUUAAAGUUUUCGUUUUAUUUAUAGAUCCAAGACUAAUGUGUGACAUCAAGGAGGGAAAGUAUUUGCAGUUACUUUCGAAAACUUAAUGUCGUCGUCGAAACAAGGGAAAAUAAUGAAUUUUUUUUGGAAAUCGAACGGUGUGCAUCGCGUCAGUUUUUUUCUCAUCGUCUCCGUUGCGGUCAUCGCGUCCGGGCAUUUGGAUAAAAUUCGAAACGCAAAGUUUAUAGGUCGAAGGAAUCGAAUGAUAGGACGACGAAUCGGGGGUCGCGAGGAAUUCAAGCCGAAAGUCUGUUUCGAUCUACUCGGAUGCUUUUCGGAUCCUGCUCUGCCCUUGAAACGACCUCCCGAGCAUCCGAGCGUCAUACAGACUCGAUUUUUGCUUUAUACCCGAGAGAGAAUCGACGCACCUGAAGUGGUGGCGUACGGGGACGCGACUGAAUCGAUGCGCAGCUCUCAUUUCAACGCGACGAGGAAGCUCAAAGUCAUUAUCCACGGAUUCAAGGGCAGUGGAAGUGAUCCCGGAGCCAUUUUUGGUGCCAAAUCAUUACUCGAAUUGGAAGACGCAAACGUGAUUAUUGUCGACUGGGCGAAGGGAGCUGGAACGACUUACCAGGCUGCUGUCGCAAACACCGAAUUAGUCGGUCGCCAAUUGGCGCUCGUUCUUCUCGAUGCUGUUAAAUUGGGGACAAGUCAACGCGACAUUCACGCGAUGGGUUUCAGUCUUGGUGCUCACGUCGCAGGUUGCGCCUCCGAGAUGUUGAAGAAAAAGAAUCUCCUCAUAGGACGCAUAACCGGCCUGGAUCCAGCCUCGCCACUUUUCCGUCGUCACCUCGUUCGCGAAAGAUCUCGCAAACUUGACGUUACGGACGCAAGCCUCGUCGACGUCAUUCACACCGACGGCUCGGACGAUUUUAGCGACGGCUUCGGUCUAUUAAAACCCAUGGGGCACAUCGAUUUCUUUCCGAACGGCGGCAAAGAGCAGCCCGGCUGUAACGACGUCAAAAAUUCGGUCGUGUAUUCUCAUUUUCAUGAGGAAGUUCUAGACCGUGACAUAGCCUGCAGCCACUUGAGAGCAUGGCAAAUGUUCGUCGAGACCGUACGCAGCCAAUCGGGAAAGUGCAAAUUCACCGCUUGGCCCUGUCCCCAAGGAGCAGAUUCGUUCGAACGAGGCACGUGUUUCCCUCUCGAAACUGUCAAAUGGUCACAGGAAAUGGGAUACGCUGCGGAUCACGGGGCCCUUGGAAUUUAUUAUCUGCCGACGCGAGCUGAGCCACCAUUUUGCGGAGAUCCCAUCAGAGCAGCUGUCAUUAUUUCCGAGGAUGCUCCCAGGACUUCGGGUACAUUGUACUUGAAAAUAAAACACGCGAACUCGACGACAACCGUACCAAUUCGUUGCGAAUUUCGUAGGCUGAACGAGAGAAACGAAGCUCGAACAGCUUUUUAUCGUAUAGCUGCAGUCGAGUUUCAAUCGAUAACCGAUAAAGUCGAUACAAUCGAAGGGAGCAUUUGGUACCAGGUCGAUAAAGUCGAGCUCGAGGAAGAAUCGUCGAAUACUGUGUCACAGGCUCGUACAAUUCAAUUGGAUAAAAUGAUCAUCGAAGACAGGAGAGGAAACAGGUGGGAGCAUUGCAGAGCCAAGACGACCGUGGGCACGAACGAGAAUAGCGUGAUGUUUCACAACAGAGCGUGCACGAUAAACUAAUUUUGUCACGAAUUGGUACCAGGUGUAUGGGUGUUGGGGAGUUAAUAAUAAAGGCAAAUUGACAAAUC